AUUUAGGCGAUUAUUUAAUGUUUGUCAUUUGGCAUUGGUGAAUCUGUUAGAUGGAUGCUGUCAGAUGUAAAACAGGUUAAUUAUAAGGUUUAGAUAUGCCAGAUGAAAACAAGAAUUUGAAGUAGUAGCAGAAUAUGCUAAUUAAUCAGUCAAAGAACUGUUGAAAUAUUAAUUAUUAUGCAACAUAUUUAAAAUGUUAUUUGGUCAACUAGUUAUUGGUCCUCCAGGAUCAGGAAAAACUACAUAUUGUGAUGCCAUGUCUCAGUUUCUACAGUCCAUGGGAAGAAAGGUGGCUAUUAUCAAUAUAGAUCCAGCUAAUGAUGUUUUACCUUAUAAACCUGCAGUGGAUAUUUCUGAAUUGAUAACAGUACACGAUGCAAUGAAUUACUGUAGUUUAGGACCUAAUGGCGGGUUAAUAUAUUGCAUGGAAUAUCUAGAAAAGAAUUUUGAUUGGUUAUUAAAUGAAGUAAAUAAGCUCUCUGAUCAUUAUUUACUUUUUGAUUGCCCUGGCCAGGUUGAAUUAUAUACACAUCAUAAUUCAGUAAAAAAUAUUGCAGCUAAACUACUGAAAGCAGAUUUGAGACUGGUAGCAAUGCAUUUGGUUGAUUCUCAUUAUUGUAGUGAUCCAGCAAAAUUUGUGGCUGUGCUUUUAACAUCACUUUCAACAAUGCUACAAGUGGAACUACCUCAUAUCAAUGUAUUGUCCAAAGGAGAUAUAAUAGAACAAUAUGGAAAAUUGCAUUACAAUAUUGACUAUUACACAGAAGUUCUUGAUCUAUCUUAUUUACUUGAUAAAUUAACAGAUCAUCCAUUUUUAAAGAAAUUUAAGAAAUUAAAUGAAGCUUUGGUUGGUGUCAUAGAAGAUUACAGUUUAGUAUCUUUUAUUCCUCUAAAUAUUAAGGAAAAACAAAGUAUGAUGCGACUACUCCAAGCUGCCGAUAAAGCUAACGGAUACGUUUUCGGACAGAGCGAAGAAAGGAACAUCCAGAAAUUACUUUCUUGUGCCAUGGGCGCAGAUUUAGAUUAUUCCAAACUUUCAGUGAUUCCAGAAGCCGACAAAAAUCAAAUGGACACUCUGUGAAAUUGUUAUUAUUUAAUAAAUAUGUAUA